AUCCUCAAACUGAUAGGACGUGUGUGUUUCUCUGGAUAAACAAAUAUACAAGUUAUUAAUAAUUCUAUCAAAGGUUCAGAAGAGACAGCUCACAAUGAAGCCCGUGGUUGUUCUUCUCCUCCUGGGACUCAUGGUACAGGACGCUGCGGCAGUGACUCACUCUCUGAAGUAUUUCUACACUGCGUCUUCUGGAGUCCCAAACUUCCCAGAGUUUGUGUCUGUUGGAUUGGUUGAUGACGUUCCGAUAGAUCACUAUGACAGCAACACCAAGACAGCAGAACCCAAACAGGACUGGAUGAGCAGAGUCACAGAAGAUGAUCCUCAGUACUGGCAGAGGAACACUGGGAACGUUGUGGGUGACCAGCAGGUCUUCAAAGCCAACAUUGAAAUUGUAAAGCAGCGCUUCAACCAAACUGGAGGUGCUCACAUUUUCCAGGAGAUGUACGGCUGUGAGUGGGAUGAUGAGACUGGAGAGGUCAAUGCUUUUCGUCAGUGGGGUUAUGAUGGAGAAGACUUCAUAUCAUUUGACCUGAAGACAGAGACAUACAUCGCUCCAAAACAACAGGCUGUCAUCACCAAACACAAGUGGGACAAUGACAAAGCUCAGAUAGCUCAGAAUAAACACUACUUCACCCAGAUUUGUCCUGAGUGGCUGAAGAAGUAUGUGAACUAUGGGAGGAGCUCUCUGCUGAGAACAGAUCUUCCCUCAGUGUCUCUCCUCCAGAAGUCUCCCUCCUCUCCAGUCAGCUGCCACGCUACAGGUUUCUACCCUGACAGAGCCAUGAUGUUCUGGAGGAAAGAUGGAGAGGAGCUUCAUGAGGACGUGGACCUCGGAGAGAUCCUCCCCAACCACGAUGGAUCCUUCCAGAUGAGUGUUGACCUGGACCUUUCAUCAGUCCCAGCUGAAGACUGGAGGAGGUACGACUGUGUGUUUCAGCUCGCUGGUAUGAAGGACGACAUCGUCACCAAACUGGACAAACCAAACAUCAGGAGGAAUGAAGAGAAGCCCACUAACAUGACCAUCCCCAUCAUUGCUGCAGUGGUUGUUCUGGCUCUCGUCCUCCUCGCUGUGAUCGGAGUCCUAGUUUACAGAAAGAAGAAAGCUGAAAAGACUCAAAACAGUAAAGCAGCCUACAGCAACGUGCCACUGAACGGGUCAGAGACUUCUUCAGAUAGCUCUCCUAAUGGUUCUAAUGAAGUUGUAAACAGCAGCACACCAUUGACCACAGGUCCGGUGUGAAGAGGAGGGUGAAGAAAUUGGCAACAUUAAAUGCUGUUAUUUACAUUUAUUUUACACGAUCUGUAAUCCAAACAAAAGGGCCACCUCACCACCAACAUGGAUUGAAUAUCACUUAUAUUUAUGGGGGUCAGAAAACUGCAUUACAAUCAGGCUUUAAAGCUGCACUAAUUAAUAUUUGUUUAUGAAAAAGUGAUGAACUGACAUAUCUGUUAUCUGAUGUGUGUAAUGUGAAAGGUAACACUCGCAGUGACAAUCCCACUGAGAAUAAUCACCAACUCUGGUUAAUGGAUAAAUGAAACACAUCUACGUACAUACAUCCCAUCUCCAUACAUCCACUCCUAGGGUGUGGCAGCGAUAUCAUGAUAUAAACCUUGAGAUAACAGAUAUUAACAUGAAAUCACAGAUACAAUGAUAGGUUGGAUCAAUGUUUCCCACCCGUCUGCACACAUACACAGCAUUUAUUUUCCAGUGGUGUGAAUAGUUAGUUUGUAUAUUUCUUUAAAAUUGAAGAUAUUAUUUUGAUUCCAACCAGGCCUAAGUAAGAAAUAAUUUGUCUUUGAGAUUUUUCUUGAUUAAUCAGGAGUGCAUUGUUUUGUAAUAUCUAUCUUUCGAUCUGUUUUGAAACAUAUUUUAAUUUUAGCUGAGACAAAGGGUUGUGGGAUGUUUUCAGCUUCUAAGCUCACUGAUAGAAAUGUUAUAAAUAUUUGUUGCUAUUUUGGGAGGAGGGACGUUUUCUGUCUUAUUUUUAUAAACCUAAAGAAACCGCGAUGCUCCAAAUCUCUUCUUGUGUUGGGUUAAAUAUGAAUGUUGAAUGAAGUUGUCCUGAUAUUUUAUUCCUUUUGUACGUCUGUUUUGCUUUUCAAUAAAGUCCUAAAUAUUCCAAA